GUCAGGAGUUACUGUAGAGCUGCAGCAGUGCAGGGAGCUGCUUGGUCGCUGUGUGCACUGACUUGUCUAUCUGACUUGUCUAUAGUUGCUCAUUACUCUCCGAACUGAUUUGGAUGUAGUAGAUGGACUGUCCUGACUUGCAGAGGAUGUCAGCUAUAAAUAAAUUGCGCCUGUUUCCAUCACUUGAUGCCAUAUCAGCAGAGGAAGCUUGGACUGGGACUACGUCUGUAUUAUUCACCAUCUAGAUAACGACCUGAGAACCAGCGAGUGGGCUUUUUACUUGUGAGCACUGAGUGUUGCAGGGAUAAUGAGUUCUACAGGGAUUGUUUUGCUUGGCACAUUUUUACUGCCUAUUGUGCAAGGACACAGCCUGUUCACAUGUGAACCCAUCACAGUGCCCAAAUGUAUGGGCAUGAGUUAUAAUAUGACAUUCUUCCCAAAUUUAAUGGGACACUAUGAUCAAGAUAUAGCAGCGUUGAGAAUGAAGCCCUUCCUACCUCUCCUGAAUCUUAACUGUUCCCCAGAUGUGCACAGCUUUUUGUGUAGGGCCUUUGUUCCCGCCUGCACGGAGCCCGAGCAUGUUCUGUUACCCUGCAGGAGCCUCUGUCAGAGGGUUUACUCUGAUUGCAAAAAGCUAAUUGACACCUUUGAAAUCACGUGGCCUGCAUGUGACAGGUUGGAAGAUUGUGAAGGAACUCAAAGCUCCUCAGGGGAAAAUGGUGACCCAGAAGGCAAACACAUACUUUCAGAGAAAGUUCAUAAAGACUUUGGAUUCUGGUGCCCAAGCCACUUAAAAACGUCUCAAGGGACAGCUUACAAAUUUUUAGGAGUAGAUCACUGUGCGCCCCCAUGUCCAAACAUGCACUUCAAGAAAGAAGAUUUGGAUUUUGCCAAAAAUUUCAUAGGGAUAAUUUCAAUAAUUUGCCUGUGUGCCACACUUUUCACAUUUCUGACUUUCUUGAUUGAUGUAAAAAGGUUCCGAUAUCCAGAAAGACCUAUUAUUUUUUAUUCAGUUUGUUACAGCAUUGUGUCCCUUAUCUACUUUAUUGGGUUCUUAAUGGGGAACUCCAUCUCCUGCAAUGAGCCAAAUGAAAAUCUCGCCUCUGGAGACACAGUUGUCCUUGGCUCUCAAAACAAGGCUUGCACAAUCAUUUUCAUGCUCUUAUACUUCUGUACCAUGGCAGGAACCAUAUGGUGGGUUAUGUUAACUAUAACAUGGUACCUCGCUGCUGGCCAAAAGUGGAGCUGUGAGGCAAUAGAGCUGAAGUCCAUGUGGUUUCAUACUGUGGCAUGGGGUAUCCCUGGAAUAUUUACAAUCAUCCUCUUGGCCAUGAAUAAAGUUGAAGGUGAUAAUAUUAGUGGCGUCUGUUUUGUUGGACUGUACGACCAAUAUAUCUCUACAUACUUUGUCCUUUUGCCUCUUUGCCUUUGUGUGUUUAUUGGACUUUCCCUCCUCCUAGCUGGAAUUGUCUCUUUAAAUAAUGUUCGACAAGUUAUACAGCAUGAUGAGCGAAACCAAAAGAAACUUAAAAAAUUUAUGAUUCGGAUUGGAGUGUUCAGUGGCAUGUACCUGGUCCCACUAGUGAUUCUACUGGGUUGCUAUGUCCAUGAACAAAUAUAUAGAACAACCUGGGAGACCACAUGGGUAGCUGACAACUGCAAGGAUUACCGUAUUCCGUGUCCCUACCAGGAGGGUAACCCAUCAAGACCAAAUCUUGGACUAUUUCUAACUAAAUAUGUCAUGACCUUGAUUGUUGGAAUUUCUUCAAUUUUUUGGGUGGGAAGCAAAAAAACCUGCUCUGAGUGGGUCAAUUUCUUCAACCGGAAACCAAAGCAAGACCCAAUCAGUGAGAGUCGACGAGUCCUGCAAGAGUCCUGUGAGUAUUUUCUUAAGCACAAUGCUAAAGUAAAGCAUAAGAAGAAACAUUCCCGGUCCACCUCUCAUAAACUGAAAGUCAUAUCUAAGUCCAUGGGUACCAGCACUAGUGCAAAGACAAACCAUGGUAUAUCUGCUGUAGCAAUCACAAGCCAUGACUUCUUGGGUCAAGACAUAUCAGCGGACUUCAAAAACUCUUUGAAUCAAUCACAACUGGAAAAACUAGAUCAUGCAAGUAGUGUAAUUAAAGGAAAUGAUAACCUAGGAGAAUUGACUUCUCAAACGUUCUUAGAUGGUUCUGGGGCACCAAUACCUCCAGCACAAUGUAACAACAACCUUGGGAUCGGCAAGGGAAAUGGCUUAUCUGCAAGCAUACCUGCCAUAAUUGAGGAUAGCUUACGCAUUGAAAACAACCUUGCUGAAACUUGUUCAAAUCCUGAAAGAGUAUCUCAUCACCAGCAUCGAAGCCUGUCCGAUUUGCCAGCUCAUUCCUUUUCCAACGAUGAAAAGGAACAUAUCAGCACACAAGCUACAGGAGAGGCCUGACUACUGCUCUGGAACCCAACUGGGCUUAUGAUUCAAACCCUACUCUUGUAGUAAUCAAUUAGUGCUAUUUAGCACAGACUUUUAUACAUUAGAAAUUUGCACUUAGCUAAACAACUGGAUGAAACUUAAUACAUAGUUUUUACCAGCAUUUUUUUUAUAUUCUGUUACAUUUGUCACAUAAAAAAACUGUAUAUUUUCUAUUCUGGUUCUUGAAGAACUGUGGGCUUCUUUUACACACAUUCAAAGUAUUUUAUAGCAAUCCAACCAUUUUUUUUUAUAAAAAUACUAGUGAUUUUUUUUUCUAAGGAACAAACUUCAAGCAAAUGAUUCUUAACUUCUCAGUAUGUGAACUUCAAUGCCUUUGUAAAAGAACUUCUAUUUUUUAUGUUCUUUCUGGCCUCUGCUAUUUUUGUUACUGUAUUGGUAGUUUUUACACUGGAAUUAUUAUAUAUAUGAAUUUUCAUAUGAAACAUAUAUUUAAUUUUGGAAAAAUAAAUCAAGGUGAUAUAACCAUGUUUUA